UUUAUUUUAUUCUUGUGUUGAAAUGUUUUCAUAAAAGUCUUCAUUUUCUUACAUGGCAGAAUAUUGGAGGAAUAAUCAUACAUUGUUCUCCACGCUCGUGGGUAUUGAUCCGUCAGUGUCGUAGCCUUUUGCUUUGCUGUCAUCUUUUGUGCUGAUGCUUAGGACCGUUCUUCGCUUUUUCUGACAGACCUCCCCGAAACCUUCCAUCCAGCGCCCUAAUUUAGGAUUCGGAACUCGACGGACUGCCACGCGGGCCUCCUGGCUUGACUUCCAUCGACCAAUGAGUCAUCAAGUCUUCUCUCUACUGUGGAGAUGGGAUAUUGCAGAAAGGAACAGUUCCGAGGAGAGUGAUGGCAGCAGGAGGUUUGGGCUGACACUGGCGAGAUGGCCCCGUGAUGAAGAAGAUGAUCUCAGCCAGGUGGAGCUGUCACCUUGUCCCACUGGCAAGGAUGGCGUCAGGAGGGGGGCUUCCACCGCGCGCGGCCGGCCACAUGAUGGACGGCCGAAGGAGUUGGGUGGCAACUUCGGGGAGAGCCGCUCGCCCGCCCGCGGCGCUGCUAUUGGUUUAUCGGUGGCGUGAUGACACGGAGGAGUCGCCUUGACGACUUUAUAAAAGCUUGCUCGCGCGCUCGCGCCCAGCCACUCUCCGCGGAAGCGAACCCGUUCCAAGAAGCGCCGAGCUCCACCUCAAGGUGCACCAUGAGCGAGAGACAAGGAUCCGGGCCUGCAGCUGGCAACAACAAAACCUCCGGAGGACAAGACGCCUCCAAGACGGACAUCCCGGAAGACUUCGACAUCGACAUGGAAAACCCAGAGACUGAGAAAGCGGCCGUAGCCAUCCAGUCGCAGUUCAGGAAGUUCCAGAAGAAGAAGCGGGACGAGAAGUCCUAGUCGGCGGCCGCUGUGACCUCACAGUGACCUUUGCAUGAGUCAUAAGCUGUUUGGGGACGGCCGAAGAACGCGCUAGCCUGCGGAACGUACGUCUGUGAAAGCUCAUGACACGUCCUGUCGUUACUGUCAGAGUUAUUAUUAAUCAGCUGCUCUAAGAAAAACAAAAUAUAUAUUAGAAUAUGUUUUUUCUUUGUUCUUGUACUAUUUGUCUCAUAGAUCACGGAGUGGUGUUUGUCAUGUCUUUUUUCUCGUCUCUGCCUCUCGUAGUUUCCUCAUGAAUCAGUAUUGUGUUAGUCGAUGGAACAAAAAAAAAAACAAAAAACCCAACUGUUAGCGUGACGACUGUUUUUCGCAAAAUUAGCCUGCAUCCCGUUCCGCCAGAUGAUUUCACCCUACCCGCAUGUACACUGAAUGAAUAAAGACUGUUUAUGGAACA